AUGGACCAGGUCACGGUCGCGCUGGCGCCACCUUCCGCGUCAUCUGGGCGCGCGUUGCCGUACCCCAGCGCCGACCAAAAGAGGAGAAAGCUCCGCGUCGCCAUCGUCACCGAGAACUUCCUUCCCAAGGUGGACGGCGUGACGCGUACACUGGCGCGUCUUCUCGAGCAUCUCAACGCUGAAGGCCAUGAGGCAAUCGUGUGUGGUCCCGAGACUGGCAUUACCCAGUAUGCUGGCCACGCCGUCGUGGGCACAUUCGGGUUGCCCCUCAUCAUCUACCCUGGCCUCAAGCUCAACUUCAUGCGGCCUCGCUUCAUCCGUCGACUGCAGCAGUUCAAACCCGACGUCAUCCACUUCGUCGACCCCAUCUGGCUGGGUGCUCAGAUGCUGCCCGUCGUUCAAAAGUGGCUACCCCUCGUCCCGUGCGUCUCAUCGUACCACACCAACCUGCCCACUUACGCGACGCUAUUCGGCAUGCCAUGGCUCGAAGAGACCAUGUGGAGCCUGACGAGGAGCCUGCACGCUCGGUGCGACAUGGUCUUUUGUCCCAGCGAGAGCACUCGACGCAUGCUCCAGGCAAAGGGCUUUGAAAAUGUCGAGAUCUGGAGCCGCGGUGUUGACACGACUCUUUUCAAUCCCGCCGCCCGCGACGACAACCUCCGUUCCAGCUGGGGAUGCACGCCCAAGCCCUUGAAUCUGACCAAGGACCUGGCAACGCCCGCUCUCAACAGCAGCGAAGUCGAAGAAGCAGCUAUGGCUCAGCUCGCCAGCAAGCUUGGCUUCCGUGUCGGCUUUCACUCGAGGCGACAGAAGCGAGCUUCCUCGUCUUCGGCCAGCUCGAGUCCCGAAGACGACAGCUUCAUCCGCACGCCCCCCACUGGUCCUUCGCUGACGGCUUCGCCCGAGCUAAGCCCACCCCCGGCGUACGACAGUCUCUCGGGCAUUCCCGACCUGCCCGGUGGUGCCUUUGCACUGCCCCCACCUGCCCUUUCUUCUUCGUCUUCGAAGUCCGACCAGGGCCCUUCCACGACGGCUGGGACGGGAUCCGCGUCGCUCGAGAGCAAGACGGUGAUUCUCUACGUUGGCCGCAUCUCCUGGGAGAAGAACAUCCGUCUCCUCAUUGAGGCCUUCAAGCUCCUUCCCACGCCCGUUCGCGCGGCUGCCAAGCUCGUCUUUGUCGGUGACGGUCCUGCCCGAGGUGACUUGACGAGGCUCUGUGCGCGCUACGGUCUCGACGCCACCUUCAUGGGGCAUCAAAAGGGCAAGCGACUGGCGGCCAUGUAUGCGUCGAGCAGCGUCUUUGCCUUUCCCAGCUUCACCGAGACGUUUGGCCAGGUCGUCCUCGAGGCACUGGCCUCGGGUCUUCCCGUCGUUGGUCUUCACGCCGAGGGCACCUCGGACCUCGUCACGCAAGGCAGGACUGGACUUCUGCUCGAUGUCAAGGCUGCCGCGACCUCCUCGUCCUCGUCUGCAAUUGAGUCUUCGCCCAAAAAGUCCACGACAUCCCUGGCCAACUCUUCGCCACGGUUGCGGGCACUCCGGCAACACUCGCAGUCGUCGUCGUCGUCGUCGUCCUCGCCUUCUGGGUCUUCCACGCCGGCGGUGGCAGCGACGGCAGCCGUCAUGGCCGACUUUGCGGAGGCUGCCACGACGGCCGCGUCCAAGCUUCGCCCUUCGUACGAGCGCUCCCCCUCGUCGUCCAAGAUCCAUCAGGCGCCCACAUCGGGCCUCGCCGCGCCCAUUCCCUCUGUGGCCGACUUUGCCGCUGCCAUGUCGCCUUCGUCGGCUGCGUUCCAGUCCUGUGCACGGUCCUACAGCAUACUCCUCGAGCGACUCGUGCGGGACCGCGCGCUGCGCGGAGCGAUGGGCGAGCGCGCCCAGCUCGUAGCGACGCGCAAGACAUGGUGGGACGCCAUGGAUGCCGUCGUGCGCGGCUAUGAAGAGGUCGUCGAGCGCGCCGGUCUGGCCAACCUGACCGACGAAGAGCUCGAGGCCCUUCGGGCUAGCCAGCAGAAAAAGGCACCCCUGACGGGCCCAAUUGUCAGGCUCUGCGUCAUCCUCUAUCUCGUUCUCUUUGCUUUGCUUUGCAAGUCGCUCUUCUAG